UCCUCCCUCACCUCGCUGCUCUCCCGCUCCGACCCGGCCCCGCACGCUCUGCUCCUCUAAUGCCAACCUUCUGCGUCACGGGGCCUCCGUCGCCGCUCCGGCACCUCCGGCCUCUCACCUCUAUCCUGCCUCCGGCCCGGAACGUCCUCCCUCCUCACGUCUCACAGACGUGUUCAAAGACAGCUCCCAAAAAGAUCUGCUGAACUUUACUGGCACUAUUCCCGUGAAAUAUCAGGGUAAUACGUAUUACAUGCCAAUUCGUUUUUGGAUUUUGGAUUCUCACCCUUUUGCUCCCCCCAUUUGCUUCUUGAAGCCAACUCCAAACAUGGGAAUCUCGGUUGGCAAACACGUCGACGCUCAGGGCAGAAUAUACUUGCCUUACCUACAAAACUGGAGUCACCCGAAAUCCGUCCUCCUUGGAUUAAUCAGUGAAAUGAUCGCCAAGUUUCAGGAGGAACUCCCCCUGUAUUCCGUGACGUCAUCCAGCGAGAGUCAGCGGGCAGAACUGUUGGCUUAUAUCGCCAAGAUCACCCAAGGUGUAUCAGACAUCAAUUCAAAGAGCAGGGAAAAUGAGGAGAAAAAAAUCAACAAAAUUACCGUGGUCGGAGGCGGGGAGUUGGGUGUUGCCUGCGUGCUAGCGAUUGCUGCAAAGGGCGUCGCGGACAAGGUGGUCCUCUUAGACCUCUCGGACGGUGGAAUUAAAGGAGGAGCCAUGGACUUAGACAUUUUCGGUCUACCGAAUGUGGAGAUCAGCAAAGAUCCUUCCGCCUCUGCCCAUUCACAGGUGGUGGUCCUCACGGUGAACUCUUUAGGGAAUUCUCAGUCCUACCUCGACGCCAUCCAGGCCAAUGUGGAUCUGUUCAGAGGACUGGUCCCUGCCCUGGGCCACUUCAGCCAACAGAGCGUCCUGCUGGUCGCCUCCCAGCCAGUGGAAAUCAUGGCUUACGUGGCUUGGAAACUGAGCUCGUUUCCCGAAAACCAAGUGAUCGGAAUUGGCUGCAAUCUGGAUUCGGAGCGGUUCCGGUACAUCGUUGCCAACGUCUUGAAAGCGCAGACCCCAGGGAAGGGCGUGUGGAUCAUUGGCGAGCAAGGGAACGACAAAGUGCCGGCCUGGGGUGGCCCUGAAGAAAUCGUGCCUAAUAGCUCCCAGCUGCAGUUAGCCAACAGAGCCGUGGAAAUACUAACGACGAAAGGUCAACGAUCCUGGUCCGUGGGGCUCUCGGUAGCGGACCUGACCGACAGCAUCGUAAACAAUAAGCGAAAAGUUCAUUCUGUGUCGAUUCUCGCUAAGGGGUCUUAUAACAUAGACAGUGAGGUGUUCCUGAGUUUGCCGUGCAUCCUGGGGAACGGCGGGGUGACCGAAGUGAUGGAGACGACGCUGAAGGACGACCGCCUGCUGAAGAAGCUCCAAAGCAGCGCGGCCUCGCUUCGCGAUCUGCAGCGGCAGCUGAAAAUCUAAGCUCUAAUUCGGUGCGGCUGUUGGAUUUUCUCCAAUGGGAAAGGGACGCUGGUCUGACCUCCUGAUUUGUGUAAUCAGAGAGCCUUUACGGGUACCUUCGUUACGGCCCGCCCGGCUACUUAGUCGAGCUGGUUGAGUGCUGUGGGGUCCCCCUCGAACAGCUCAGAUGUUCUCUCAACACCGUCUUCGUGAGGAGACGGCGGGAUUCAGGUAGAAGCCACUCUCUCUGGGGUAUCAAAAUCCGUCCUCGGUUUUAAUCUCGGGCGGGGAAAGCCCAAAGCGACGCUACUUGGAAUUUGGCUUUAAACCGGGCGUUACAAACCAA